AUGGAGGAGAGAAGAAGUAAACUGCCAGGGGGAAUAAAAGUCUUUGAUGCGUUUCCCAAAGUUGCAACACAGCACUCGGUCAGGUCAUCAAGAGGUGGAUCGUCCACCAUUUUCUUAAUGAUCUUUGUGCUAUUCAUAGCCUAUGUUGAAAUAGGAGAUUGGUUCGAUGGUACCAUGGAUAGAAAUUUUACCGUGGAUAAUAAUGGUGAUGAUUCAUUGAAUAUUAAUAUUGACAUAGUGGUAGCAAUGCCUUGCAACUUUCUCCAUACAAAUGUUUUGGACUUCACUAGAGAUAGAACAUUAGCUGCAGACUAUUUGAGUUAUGAAGGUGUCAAUUUUUUCAUUCCUUCAAUAUAUUUGCUAAACGAUCAGCGUCAUGUGGUAACUCCUGAUAUGGAUGAAAUUAUGAAAGAAAGUUUGUUAGCGGAAUUCAGAAUUGGGAUUAGUGAUCCAAACUCAGGAGCUCCUGCCUGUCACAUUUUCGGGAAUAUCCCAGUGACCAAAGUGUCGGGAGAUUUCCAUAUAACGGCAAAGGGAUAUACCUAUAGGGAUUUUAGAUCAAAUGUACCUCCACAGGCAUUGAACUUCUCCCAUGUUAUUUCGGAAUUUUCUUUUGGUGAUUUUUAUCCGUUUUUACAGAAUCCCCUUGAUUUCACUGCAAGAACAACGAAUGCCAACAUUCAAAAUUAUCAAUACUUUCUCUCAGCUGUUCCAACACUAUAUAAGAGAUUGGGAGUGGAGAUUGACACUUAUCAGUAUGCUUCAACGGAAGAGGAAAAGCUGUUCGAUAACCCAGGAUUGGGAAUGCCUGGUAUCUUCUUCAAAUAUGACUUUGAGGCCAUUAAACUAAUAGUGGAAGAUAAAAGAAUUUCAUUUACUGCCUUUGUUGUUAGGCUUGUAACGAUUUGCGGUGGUCUUAUCAUCUGUUUUGGAUGGGCAUACAGAGGAUUCGACAAAUUGAUUAUUUUAUUAUUCGGUAAGAAAGUUGCAAGAAGAGGUCAAGAGAAGGCUGCGACGUUUUUAGCUACAUGA